AUGGACGAUCGAGCCACAAAGCUCCUGUUGGGAUGCCCUUUGCACCUUCAGAGACGCGUCAUAGACACCUUCGAUCCCAAAAACAAGCAGGAGGUGGACUACUCACGUCAGGUAACAGGUUACAUUCGAAGCCUGCAUGGGGAGGACAUGGCCGGCCGGAAACGUGGCUACGAGGAGGAUCAUGAUGGAGGGAUGGUAGGCAAGCGCGCGCGGGUGGAUGUGGCUUUUCCAACAGAAGAAGAAAUUACUCAGUUCUGUACACGUUAUCCCAUUGAUGAUCGGGCUUUUGAUUAUCUUCUCAGUUCCGAUGCUGCUGUCCAGCAGAAGGUGCUGUCGGAAUUCAGACCGAAGGUUGAAAACGAACCUGACUAUUCCUCACUGGUCACUUCGUUGGUGAAGAAGAUGCGAGCGGUCGUUGGCACCACGGCACACACGCCUGGCGCUCCAGGUCAUUCAGCAGGUCCCACUCUGGAGAGGCUGAGAGAGUUCAAAGACCGCUUUCCUAUGGACGAGCGGGCUUGGGAUUUCUUGCUCCUGGCAUCUGGCCAUGUUCAAGAGAUCGUGGUGAACGAGUUCAAGCCUCGCCGCCCCGACGAUGCCGAGUUCUCUGCAGCGGCAGGGGACCAAGGGUAUCUCACAAGGCCUCAAGAUGAAGAAUCCCCGCCAGCGAUGGUAGACUUCGCGCUAGCCUCCCGGCAUUGCUGUGGAGAUGGGGACUAUAUCGUCGCUCUGGACACAGCGCGCGGCAGACUGGUGGCAGCAGCGCAGUCCCGAAAGGGCUCCGGCUACGUGGACGUUCUGAGCCAGGACUUGCGCGCGAUAGAGCGGCUACAGGUGGCAGCCAGCCACCUGGCCUGCUACGAGGACACCAUGGUGGCUUGCUGUAAGGAUGGUUCAGUAAAGCUUUGGGACCUUCGAGUGGGGGGGCGCUCUGCCCAGCGGACCCUUUUGGAAGACUUGGAUGAGCCUCCAGUGUCUGUGGCAGUUGCUGAUGGUAUUUGUGCUUGUGCCGUGGGCACAUCCGUGAUGCUUCUUGACACGUCAUCCGGCGAGGAGAUCGCAAACUUUGAGGACACCCACUCAAAGGCAGUGUCCUGCCUCCGGUUUCAUCCCAGGGUCCCAGCCCACUUGGUGACAGCUGGGGAUGAUGGACUCCUGUGUGUGCUGGACACCGAGCGGAUGCCUUCGGAGGAUGACUACUUGCGCCUUGCCAUGAACAGCGAAGAAUCCGUGGAGCGCUUCAGCUUCGCAGCCGAUGGUGGCGUGCUGUGUAGCAUCUCCACCAGCGAUGUGCUGCAGCUGUGGAGUCUACAGGCGCCCAGGGAAGGUCAACGCUGUGGGCGCCUGGAGCGCUUGCGCAGCGAGGAACACGUGCAGGUGGGCGAAUCCGACGGCCAUGUGGUAAAUGUCCUCUAUAACAAUCGCUUGGGAUCGGCGUACGUGCUGAUGAGCAGCGUUAGAGGGAAAUUGUGCUUGUACCAUUUGAACCUGGAGGGCGCCACCUACACGUCUGACCUGAAGGAUGGUAAAGGUGGGCACAAAGCUCUGGUCCGAGUGUCCAGUGGCUUUGCUGAGAACACUUUCGUCACUGGUGGAGAGGAUGGCAAUCUGUGCCUUUGGCGGGCAAGAGAUGCUACAGGCACUGCAGGACCAGUGACCAACGAUGUGCCCCACCAGUGCAUCGACCGAAGGACUCUUCAGAUCACCCCACAGCCUCCACAGCUGGGAAGAGGCGACUUCAGCAACGAUUUGCCGAGAGCCUCAAGCAGAGUGCCAUCGCAACGGCCAUCAGACCGGAGAUUCCGCCUGGAGUUCAGCUGCGAUGCCACGGUGCAACGCUGGGCCCGAAAAAGGAUGCCAGCCACAGCUGCGACCUGUAGAGUGGAGCGUUCCUUUUGUAUCUCUGUUUUUGAGGUGACAGCCUUUGCCGUGGCCUCAGCCGUAGCAACAAGACCACCACUAUCUGUAGGUGAGGUCCAUGUCAAAGCCACACAUGGACAGCAACUGCAUCAGCUAAGAGCUCAGGAGACCGACUAUUCGCGCCAGAUCACGGCUUUUUUAAACCUCCGCUCAAAGACUUCGCAAGGUGGCGGGGCCCCGAGGGAAGCGCCACCCUGGCGCCUCCGGGAUGGCGAGGCACAUCCACGAGGCUUUGGUGGGCACAGAGACGAUGGAAAAGGAGAUGGCAAAGGGGAUGGGAAAGGAGGUGGCCGCCUUCGAGCGUUCAGGGCGCGUUACCCGAUGGAUGACCGAGCCUUCGACUAUCUCCAACAGGCCGAGCUCCCGGUGCAGGAGAUGUUCCUGGCCGAAUUUCAGCCGAAACGACGUGGAAAGGAUGAUGACUAUUCUGCUUCUGUGACCAGCUUCUUGAAAGUGGUGAGAAACAAGAUCGCCAACAGCGGUCACGCCCACACGAACGCGCCUGUAAGUGGAGGUGAUGAUAAUCUGCUGGAAGGCUUUCGAAGGCGAUACCCCAUGGAUGACAGAGCCUUUGAGUAUCUGUGCCAGCAAAGAGAAGAUGUCAGGCGAAAGGCCGUGGAGACCUUCAGGCCAAAGUUCGAAGGAGAAGCAGACUACUCAAGUCUGGUGACAUCCUUCGUAAAAUCAUGCCGAAAAUGGUGA